AUGAAUGAUACAACUUCUCAGAGGAGCUUUACUCAAUUGUUCUUCAUUUGUUGGUCAACAAUGGUUGCAGUGACGGUGAUUAUUACGGUGUUGAUGGCGAACGUGGAAGUCCUUCAAAAACUGUACGCUGGAGUGUACGUUCUACUCACCUUCUUUGCAGUCGGUGUAAUCUCCAUAGCAGUAUUGAUGCUUGUCGAGAAAAUUCACACGAUUCCACUGAUGAAUUAUAUCCUCAUUUCAUUGACUGUGUUCACAUGGUCCUUUGCUUAUGCUAACAUAACUUUAUCCCUAAAAUUGUGGACCCUACUAGCAUGGUUCGUAGCGUUGGCUUUUGCUACGACAGCAUUGAUACUUGGAUAUAAAUUGAAACGGCAGAAAAAGAAAGUGAACAUGACGAUAGUAUACGUCACAAUCGGUUUGGGAGCUCUGAGCUGCAUUCUGCUUAUUAUAGGACACUUCACUCAAACGACAGUACGAAUAGUAUCUGGCGUGACUUUCGGAUUGACAUUUAUAUUAAUGCUCUAUCUAACUGGACAAGCUAUGCAAAGAAACACUGAAAAGCUGAUGACCAGUGUCAUAUCGAUUUGGGCAGCGUUCAUAAGUUGGAUGGAAGUGGUUUUACUGUAUUUAUCCACGUGGAUAAGAGGAGGAACUAUGAAUUCGACGGAAAUGAACAAUAUGUUUUUGUUGCAGAUUCUCAAGUAUACCACCACCUCCAUUGGAAUGGAACAUGGCGAUAUUUCGGACGUAAAUUUAAUCGCAGCAUUCAUAGCCAUCGUGAUAUGUCUGUUGCUGCUUAUACUGCUGUUUAUCAACAAGCAGUUCAAUUUUCUUUCACAACCAUUUGCUUUUGCCCUAAUUACAUUGAUGGUUAUACUCUGGUUAACUGCCGACUCCUUUCUGUGCUGCAGUGAUAACCUUAUAGCACAGAAUACAUUUAUCGGUGUUUCUCUCACAGUUCACGCACUUGUGGGCUUUGUAGCAACGUACGUUGCAAAAUUAAGCGUAUCUAAUUGUGUCGCACUGUUGACAGCGGCUACAGUAGCGUUCUUCGCCGGCGUACUAUUUUCUGUUCUGGGUAGUGCUGAUUAUUUUUUCCAUUGGUUCGCUGGUGCUUGUUGGGGCUGUACAUCAGCUAUUAUAACAUUCAUCAUAGUGAAUCAAAUCAACUGGUCAAAGAAGAAAUAG